AUGCCAUCUACCGCUUUUCGCUUCGCCGAGAAGACCGAGGCGGAGAAAGGUGCCCUGCCCAUAGGCCAAAACUCACCGCAGAAGCCACCACUAGGCCUCUACGCAGAGAAGCUUUCAGGCACGGCAUUCACGGCCCCCCGGCAGCAGAACCAGCAGACAUGGAUGUACAGGGUCCUCCCGUCGGCGGCCCACUCGUCCUUCGAGCCCGCCCCCGCGGAAGGGAGCCCGGCCGGCGCGUCCGCCAGGCCCCAGAAUCUGCACCACAUCCCCAACCAGAUGCGGUGGAACCCGUUCGACCUCGACGACUCGACCGACUGGGUGAGCGGCCUGAAGCACGUCGCCGGUGUCGGCGACCCGACGAUGAAGACGGGCAUCGGCAUCAUCAUCUUCGCGGCGGGGAGGGACAUGAGCCCGCACAGCGCCUUCAGCUCCGGCGACGGGGACUUCCUGAUCGUGCCGCAGCACGGGGUCCUCGACAUCCAGACGGAGCUCGGGAGGCUGCUCGUGCGCCCCAACGAGAUCGCCGUCAUCCCCAGGGGCAUCCGCUACCGCGUCACCCUGCCCGACGGCCCCGCGAGGGGCUACAUCCUGGAGACGUACGAGCAGCACCACUUCACGCUCCCGGAGCUGGGGCCGAUCGGCUCCAACGGCCUUGCCAACGCCCGGGACUUCCAGGCGCCUGUUGCCGCGUAUGACUUGGACACGGACAGCGAGUGGGCCAUCACCAUCAAGUACGCGAACCAGUCGUACGUGGCUCACCAGAGGCACACCCCCUUUGACGUCGUGGCAUGGCACGGGCUGUACUAUCCGUACAAGUAUGACCUGGGACGCUUCAACGUCAUCGGCAGCACCAGCUUCGACCACCCUGACCCAAGCAUCUACACCGUCCUCACCGCCCAGUCGGCACUUGCCGGCACGGCCAUAGCGGACUUUGUGAUUUUCCCGCCGAGGUGGCUGGUGGCCGAAGACACGUUCCGGCCGCCCUGGUACCACCGCAACACCAUGUCUGAGUUCAUGGGCCUGAUCUGUGGGGACUACGAUGCCAAGACCGGUGGUGGUUUCCAGCCGGCCGGCGCCAGUCUGCACAACGUGAUGGCCUCCCACGGGCCAGACGCGGACACGCACCAGCGCGCCAGCAAUGCCGAGCUGAAGCCUCACAAGGUCGGGGAGGGCAGCAUGGCGUUCAUGUUUGAGAGCUCCCUGAUGGUUGGCGUGACCGAUUGGGGGCUGGAGCACUGCAAGAAGUUGCAGGCUGACUACAACGCGCAUAGUUGGGUGCCUUUGAAACCACAUUUUGUACGGCCCGAGGGAAGCCAGAAAUAG